CCCAGCGGACCACGUUCACAUCCUUCUCCUACCCACUCAAUCAAUAAUGGCAGGCGGUCCCGUUGCCACCGGUGCAGGUAUUGGCGCCAAUGCCCCGAAGUCAAAGCUCUCGGGCAUUCUCAUGACAUCAUUUGCCGCCUUUGGUGGUAUCCUUUUCGGUUAUGACACUGGUACUAUCAGUGGUAUUAAGGAGAUGAAGGACUGGCUGCGCACCUUCGGUUCGCCAACCACUGACUUGGUCACCUACCCUAAGGGCUACUACAUCACCUCCUCGCAAGAGUCCCUUGUUGUCUCCAUCCUCUCUGCCGGUACCUUCUUUGGUGCUCUCCUUGGUGCCCCCGCCGCUGAUUACCUCGGUCGUAAAUGGGGUAUCAUCUUCUCCAUGCUCGUCUUCUGUAUCGGUGUCGCCAUGCAGACUGCCGCAACCGGGAUGGCUCUCUUCGUCGUCGGUCGUGUCUUCGCGGGUCUCGGUGUCGGCCUUGUCUCCACCCUCAUCCCUAUGUACCAGUCCGAGUGCUCGCCCAAAUGGAUUCGUGGAGCCGUCGUCUCAGCCUAUCAAUGGGCUAUCACUAUCGGCCUUCUGCUUGCCUCUGUUGUCAACAACGCGACUCAGAACCGUGACAACCACUCGGCUUACCGCAUUCCCAUCGCCAUCCAGUUCGUUUGGGCUGCUGUCCUCGCGUUUGGCAUGUUCUGGCUUCCUGAGUCUCCCCGUUGGUUGGUGAAGCGUGGUCGUGACGCGGAUGCUGCCGUCGCGCUCUCUCGCCUCACAUCUCUUUCGCAAGAUGACCCAGAGCUCCAGGCGGAACUCAAUGACAUCCGUGCGAACUUGGAAGCCGAGACCGCCCUUGGCGAAAGCUCUUACCUCGACUGCUUCAAGUCUGGCCACAACAAGAUCCUCUUCCGAACUAUGACCGGCAUUCUCAUCCAAGGUUGGCAACAACUCACCGGUAUUAACUUUAUCUUCUACUACGGCACGACCUUCUUCACCAACUCCGGCAUCCACGACCCCUUCCUCAUCUCUGUUGCGACCAACAUCGUCAACGUGUUCAUGACCCUUCCCGGCAUGUGGGGUGUUGAGCGUUUCGGUCGCCGCCGUUUGCUCCUGGUCGGCGCUGUCGGCAUGUGCAUCUGCGAGUACCUUGUGGCUAUUAUCGGUGUCACCAUCUCCGUUCAGAACCAGGCCGGCCAGAAGGCACUUAUUGCUCUUGUCUGUAUCUACAUUGCUUUCUUCGCCUCAACCUGGGGUCCCAUUGCUUGGGUUGUCACCGGCGAGAUCUUCCCGCUCAAUAUCCGCGCUAAAGCCAUGUCCAUGUCCACCGCGUCCAACUGGCUCUGGAACUUUGGUAUCGGCUAUGCCACGCCCUACCUCGUCAACUCUGGUGCAGGCAACGCAAACCUCGGUGUCAAGGUGUUCUUCAUUUGGGGAACGACUUGCUUCUGCUGCAUCAUCUUCACCUACUUCUGCAUUCCUGAGACAAGGGGCCUCUCCCUCGAGCAGGUCGACAUCCUCUACCAGAACACGACGCCUAUUCGCUCUGUUGAGUACCGUCGCCGCCUCGUCGCCGAGAACGUGCAUGCCUCGGAUCCCGAGGCGAUCGCCAAGGUGUCUUCGCGUGUCGACCACGACGCGCACAGCAUCGAGAAGGUGUAAUUGCCGUGCUAUUCGGAUUAUUAUUUGAACUUUGUAGUCGAAAAGGAGCAUGCCCCGCGCCGCAUGAUGUUUUUUAGUUUCUGUUUUUUCCACGCUCUUCCACGCAUACCCAGGCAUACCCGCUGGGGCUGAACGCGUAAUUAUCUCUUCGAUCUUCUUGGGGUGAUCAUAUGGGUGUUUACGGGCACGGUUUUCUUUUUGCGACGCGAUGCGGAGGGCGACGAGGCUCCGAUUGUAAUACGACUUCUUCACGAUGCACCACGCACGCUCAUGUACAACUAGCACUUCUCCUCUACUACGAUUCACGCAUUAAUGCACACUCAAUUCAUGUCUACGAACUC